UUUGAAGUGAUCUAGUUCGUCAGACAAACACAGACCACGUUCACAAUGAAAUCGCUGGUGGUGUUCUUCGCUCUCGCCGCUGUGGCUUGCGGCUCCUACAUUCCUCUGGCGCAGCCCGCGCAUCACCCUGCCAUCGUGCUGGACCCUCACGGCCGUCCCCUGGACACCGCUGAAGUCAUCAACGCCCGUGCCGUCCACCUCCAAGCUAAAGCCCUAGAACCCGCCCACCUCGGACACGCCGCCCUCGCCGUUGCUCCCAUCGCGCACUCUGCUGUAGUAGCUGCUCCCGCUGUAUACGCCGCCCCCGCUGUGUACGCCGCCCCCGCCGCCGCUGUGUCUCACCAGUCCCGUGUGGAUGUACGCACCAGCCCCGCCAUCGUAGCACACACCGCCGUAGCCGCCGCUCCCGUCUGGGGUGCUCACGCUGCUCCCCUUUUGGGCCACUCUGCUCUCGGACUCGCCGGUGCCGGACACUACCUCCACAAGCGUUCCCUCGGCUACGCCUGGUCUGCCCCCAUCAUCGCCCCUUCAGCGGUCUCUCACCAAUCUCGCGUUGAUGUAGUGUCCAGCCCCGCUGUGGUGUCUCACGCCGUGGCCGCUCCCGUGUACGCUCACGCUGCUCCCGUGUACGCUCACGCCGCACCCGUUGUCGCCGUAGCACCCGCCGCGGUGUCACACCAGUCCCGCAUCAUGCGCUGGUUGACACAUUUCGGCAUUCUGCUAUUAACUAUAAGCAGCAUAUCUGCCGAUUGGUCAUGGGGCGGAGACAAUUCUGAUAAAAAUUCGGAACAAGUUAAUGAUAAACCGACUGAAUUAUUACAAGGAGAAGAAACAGCUGAAGCGCAUGAAAAUAAUUAUAAUACCACAGGCACUGUACUGGACGAUAUCGUUGACGAAUUAGUUAGCAGCAAACAAGGGAGAAGUCUGGGAGGCUUCGAUGAUGUAUACAGCGAUCCAACAAUAAAAGAAGCUUUGGACUCAGGAGAUGAUACUGAAGCAAGAAAUUUAAUAAAAAGCCGUCUCUGCACCUUAGGACUUAUUCAAUGUGAAGAUGAAGAUACCCAAGAGAAAAGGACUUAUGUUUCACCUGAUGAUCUGAUUUAUGCCCAACCGGUAGACAUCAAGCCAAUUGGAAAACCCAUUGCAUCUAUCGCAAUACGAGGACCACCUAGAGCCUAUGGGCCUCCUAAGCCGAUGCUGUAUCCUCCACGCCCACAAAAAAUUCCUCCUCGAAGACCGGGAUAUGGUGGAAAUAUAAGGCCAGGAUUUUCUGACAAAUAUGGUGUAGCUGGAGGCAAUUUCCAAUUUUCUCAAAGCAAUAGCGCUUAUAAUGGAUUUGAUACUAACUAUGUAACGAAACCACCGAUGUAUGCUAACAAUGAACCCUAUAACUUUGAAAACUCAAAACCCAAUAAUUAUAAUAAAGUGCCAACAUCUGGACACAAUACUAAGACUGAAAUAGUGCAGCAGCAUGUUCAUCAUCAUUAUGUGCACGAGGACAGUGACAAGAAGCCUCAAGUUAUAAUAAAGCCUGUAGCUAUACCAGUCGGAUCUGUGGGUCAUUUAGCAUCCCAGUUACACAACCAAGAAUCAUCUGAUAUUAUAACAUCGUCAGGAGGAGACUUCAACGCUGUCUCUUCAGGAGGAUUUAAGCCCAUGACUGGCGGCUUUUCUCACAGCGUUAAACCAAUUUAUGAAACGGACACUGUAUAUGGAUCGCAAUAUGGGCACAGUGCCUUUAAUAAAGUUGGCACUAAUAUCCUCAAUCAAGGAUUACCCAAUCAAUUUGCUAAUAAUGCUUUUGAAGAUCAAAAGUACGGAAACUCUUUAGGCAAUUACGCGUCUCAAAAUGGAGAAUUUUACAAAAAGGAACUGAACGUAGGAUCUAGUAACAGUUUAUAUAAUCAAGGUCCAGCAACAUUCGGCCAAAAUAAUCUUUACCAACAAAAUUACCAUGAAGCUAAAGCACAAGGAUUUGAAUGUGUAUGUGUAAACUACGAUCAAUGUCCAAGCCAAGAAAUUAUUGGACGCAGAGAUGAUUUGUAUCUUCCAAUAGAUCCUCGUAAUAAAGAAAGUGAAAUUGUAGCUCUGACUGAGGAACAGCUGGAUUCUAUAAACAAAACAUCCGUAGAUGCACAGCUCAGUCAAAAUAAUACUGAAGUUAAAGAAAUUACUAAAAGAGACGUCAAUGAUGUUAAAGACAAAGAAUCAACUAAGGAAAUUGAACCGCGCCUCCUUGGGUUGACUGGUUUCGGUGAAAAUGGCGGUAAUAACAAGAAACAAGUGCAGCCUACGUUUGGUGUCUCUUUUGGGUUGCCCCAGCCUUCCCACGGCUAUCCUAUAAAUCCUUACAACUCAAACCCCAUAUAUAAUCCCUAUGGCCCCGCAUUGAACGGCGGAGGUAUUAAUCUCGGUUUACUAUCUGUGAAUCCUUUAUUGGCUGUGCAAGUUACGAAAAAUGACUAUGGUGAAAAAAUAGUAAAACCUUUUGUCAAUUUACACGUAACUCCAAAUGAGCACGUUGUUAAUAAACUGGGCCACCUAUUUCACGAAAAGAAGCAAUAUCUCUUAAACAAGCACGAGCAUUUUCACCAUUAUAAUCCCUAUUCUUACAACCCGCAUUUACAUAGACCAAUUCAACCCCCAUAUGCAUACCCAGCACACCCGCCGCAUUAUAUUCCAAAACCACCAAUUUAUUCACCACACUAUUCAAAUUAUGAACAUAGUCACUAUCGGGAAAAUCCACAAAAUAAUCUAGAAGGACCAUCAGGUAAUGAGGAUUACUAUGACGAUGACAAUGAUAAUAAUUACGAUGGUUCAGUCGAUCAUAAUCCCCAUUAUGGUAGUUACGGCUUUGAAAGAUCUGCGAAUACUAGUGCUGACAAAAGAGGCGUUAACUACGCGAACAGGUAUGCAUAUGCGCGAUCCUUUACCGUCCCUUCUAAUCCUGGGGCAAACCGGGGAGGCCAAGCAAUUCGGUUUCCUGAGAAAAGGAAGAAAAGAGAAAUCUCCAAAGAAGCUUCUAUAUCCAAAUUUAUUGAAGAGCGUCAAGGAUACUUCGGUGGUCGGCCACAAAUUCCACAAUGUCAGCAAAACCAGGUGUGCUGUCGUCGCCCUCUUCGACCACAGGCAUCUAACCGCGGUCAACACCAAGGAUUCGAGCUGAGGGUACGCUUAGGUGAAUGGGAUGUCAAUCAUGAUGUUGAAUUCUAUCCAUACAUCGAAAGAGACGUUAUUUCCGUACACGUGCAUCCUCAAUACUACGCUGGGACAUUAGACAACGAUCUUGCUAUUCUAAAACUAGAUCACCCAGUAGAAUGGACCAAGUAUCCUCACAUUAGCCCCGCCUGCUUGCCUGAUAAAUACACCGAAUACGCUGGACAAAGAUGUUGGACUACCGGCUGGGGAAAAGACGCGUUCGGCUCUAACGGAAAAUACCAAAACAUUCUUAAAGAGGUUGAUGUACCUGUGCUUCCUCAUGGACAAUGCCAACAACAACUGCGACAGACGCGCUUAGGUUACAACUAUGAACUUAAUCCAGGGUUCAUUUGUGCCGGUGGUGAAGAUGGAAAAGACGCUUGCAAAGGUGACGGCGGCGGUCCGUUGGUGUGCGAACGUAGCGGCACUUGGCAAUUAGUUGGUGUCGUUUCAUGGGGCAUUGGAUGCGGCCAGGCUGGCGUCCCCGGCGUGUAUGUGAAAGUUGCUCACUACCUAGACUGGAUUUCGCAGAUCACGGGGAAAUUCUCCCAUUAUUAAGUUAAAUAGAAACAUUUUCAUCGAAAUGCUUCUGUAUAAUAUUCUAAGAAUA